AUGUUAUUCACUCAUCCUUCACCAAUGCUUCCCUCGCACAUGUCUCAACGGCAACGUCUUGGCCUUAAUUCUUUGAAAAGUUUCAUCUAUGAAACAAAACAUUUCAGUCAGUGCAAGUUAUCGUACAUGUUAGGCAUGAAAGAAAGUGCAUUGUUGCCAGGUUUCAUUUAUCAUGUCGCUACAUUUGAAGUCACUGACAUUCACCAUAUGUUUUCUAUGGAGCAUUUGUUGAUAAUCAUUAACAAUGGAAAUAUAAAUCUUUGA